AUGUCGGUCGCGCCGCGGCUGGAGGCCCGGCAGCGGCGCCCGCCGCACUUGCUCCAGCAGGUCCCGCGGCAGCAGGGCCACCAGGCGGCUUGGCGCCAGGCGCUGCCCCCGGAGUGCCUGGAGGGCCUUUGGCGCCUCUCGCUCCGGCCCCGGGUGGCGGCGGCCCGGCUCCAGGCGGCCUGGCGGGUCUUGCAGCCGCUUUGGCCCCAGCGGGGCCAGGCCCGAUGCCCCCUGGCGGGCUGGCUCCAGGGGCCGUGGCGGCCCCGGGAGCGGGGGCCCCUGCGGGGCCGGCGGCCGGGAGAGGGGGCCCUGGGGCCCCAGGCGUUCUUGUGGCAGGAGCCCCGCCGUUGCCCCCACCGGCGGCCCCGCUGCAGGACGUUCGGAUCCUGCCGAACACCCGGGACCAGCUGGGGCAGCGGCACUGUGUCUUCAGAGAGGCGGCGCUACAGAUGCGAGAAGACCCAUGGCCCGACUGGCCUCUUUCGGGACCUCGCACCGCCCGCUGGUGCUGCCGUUUCAUUGCCGAAAACAGCAUGA